UAUAGGCGCCUGGGCGUUCUCUCUUUCUGACUGCAAUCUUGCCUUGCCGGCUGGGUCGUAUUCUUCGUUGUUACAAGGAAUAGGAAACACGAGUCAUAACUAUAGAUCGUCUACUAAAUUGCAGUCAGGAGGCUCGAUUGCGGUGUCUUUGAUUCAGGCGAGUAGAGUCUCCACCUCAUUUUGCUGGAUCACGUUCUGUUGUCUUGAUCGUGUCGUUGUAUUCUUCCAACGUUGCGAAUUCUGACUCGAAACUCGAAGCUGAAGCUUACACAGGUUUGCGCUAUACUCGAGUAUAUGCAACGCUCUCUACUCUGCCCCCUUCUUCACUAUACUUCUCUGAUAGAUACCCCCUGGCGAUGAGUGUCCUGCAAUCAAGCCUCUUCCGCCACCAGGUCCGGCCGCAGUCCCCAUUUGACAAGAGUCCACCCAAUAUCGUCUUUCGAUGUGGCGAUCUUACACUUAUUCCGCUUCAUAGCGACAUUCUGGCUCACAUUUCCCCAUAUUUUCAAUCAAUGUUUCAGUUACCUCAGAGCCCUCCUACUUCAGACGACUCAGCAGAAAGCACGUUGCCCAUCAUUGAUAUUGUGGAAGACCACGUCACUGUACGUCGCCUCAUGAUGUAUGGCUAUCCCGGUCGGAUGCCUGCUUUCGAGUCCCUUGAAAUGUCAGAGCGCCUGAUACGGUUUGCGGAUAAGUAUGAUGCAGCCGAUAUCAUGGACACCUUAGUCGAACAAUUGCCAAAGACCAGAGAAUAUUCUUUGGGUGUCUACGGUCUCGCGGUCAGAUGUGGAUUCGAGCAGGUUGCCAGCGAAGCGGCGCUUCGCUUCAAGACAGGCUAUCAAUGGGUCAAAGCUGCUGAUGUUGACGAUGCAGAGAAUUACGUCUGGGAGUAUACUGCGGCCGAUCGCAGUUUCACACCGAAUAUCUCUGCUGGUGCAUACCACAGACUUGUUCGAUUCAUCCUUGGGGCUCCCGUCGCGGCCUUUAUUCAUCCACCUUCUCAUACCCGGUCAGACGCAGAGCAGGACCAGAAUGGCACUGUACCGCCACCCUACGUGAAUGCAGACCUUAUUGUCCGCUCUACGGAGGGUGGUGAUUUUCCGGUUCACAGUGCCAUCCUGUCCCUCUCCUCGCCCAUUCUGGAGAAAAAGGUCAAGGACGCACUUGCAGCAGCGUUAAAUUUGACCCAGCGAGACACGCUGCCUGUCAUGGAGAUAGGACAACCUACUUCUAUCCUCACGCUUCUCCUCGCCUUUGUGCAUCCAUCUGGAUGUGCCGUGCUUCCAGAUGAUCAAUUGUCGAAGGCGUCAGCCCUGCUCCAAGCUGCCUUCACACUGCAAAUAUCCAAGAUCAUCGACAUGUCUUCUCAGAUACUGAAACGACUAGCUGAAAAAACCCCAUUACAAGCAUAUCUCGUCUCAGUGAUACUGGGAAAGGAGAAAGAUGUACGUUACUGUGCUACACGCUGCGCUCAAGAAAAUACUCGAUAUUAUCCCUCGACGCUCGGAGCGACCCCACCUGAAAUGGAAGACGUGUUGGCCGACUAUUACUAUCCUCUCCUUAAGUAUUGCUUCGAAUACCGAGCCGCAGUGAGGAAAGUGUCGAGAAGCAAGCUUCCUGAACUGGAUAAGAGGAGGGUCCAGGGUGUCAGUCGUUGGUGGAGCGGAGAUCUAAGUCGAGAUGUGGCAGAAGUGACGGAAGCAUGUAUGCUUCGGAUGGGAAUUGGCCUUUCGGGUAAUGGGAGCUUUCCUUCGAGCACUAUUGAGAGGUAUUGUCAAGACACAGCAAAGGCUCUUCGUGAGGCGACUUCGCAGGUGCGUUUAAUUGUGUCUCUGGAUAAUUGUACGGGCCUACUAAACGUAGAUUCAGGUACAGCUCAAACUUCCAUGGGAACAGAUACGUGCUUCAGGUUUAUCCUCUCAGUAAAUGAUGCAGAAAGGUUGUAUUUCUUUGAGACUUUCUAGCUUACUUUUCACUGUCUCCAAUCUUGAUAUCAAUCCGAAAACAGGUUCCAGCGUUUUCAGAGAACGUUCUCUUAACACUAUACUCUGUGUCUCGUGCUACUUACUGUACUUGGCUUGUAUGUGCCUCGGCUCUCUGACUUGAAUAUACCUUGGCGAGUAUCAUGAUCAUGAAACAAAAUGCAAUA